CCCUCCUUCCUACAGUUUCUGAGCCAAUGAUUUACCACCAGGAAGAAAGUGUACUUGUUUAUCGAGUUCAUGAACAUAUGUAAUUAGUUUCAUUAUAUGAUCUUCUUUAUGCCCACCUGCAGCUUCUCACUACAGCCAGAAUGGGCGGCGCAGCUGUCAAAGAUGUCUCCUAUGAGGAACUGAAGGCGCUUAUGGAAAAGAGCAAGAAUCUUCUUCUGGUUGAUGUCCGCUCUGAAGCAGAAGUGGCUAAAGGACAAAUUCCAGGGUCCAUAAAUAUUCCACUUGAUACAGUUGAAGAUGCUAUGAAAAUGAAUCCAGAUGCGUUCAAGGCCAAGUACGGCAUACCCAAGCCACCACAGGAUUCAUCGGAGCUGGUGUUUUACUGCCAGAUGGGCAAACGAGGGGCUGCAGCUACGAAGAAGGCCUGUGAUCUAGGAUACGUGAAUGCACGUAAUUAUGCUGGUGCGUACAGUGAGUGGUCUAAAAAAGAAGCGAAAUGAUUCAUCCUGAAGAACACUCAGAAAUAUUUAUACAAAUAGGGAUUGUAAAACCUCAGUUGGCAAAGCAAAUGAACAUUUUGGUGUUGUAUUUAUCUCCUGACAUUGCUUUGUUUUCGUAGAGUUCACCAUUGUAUAUAUGUGGAUGAAUAAAUAGUAAUAAAAUCCAAGCAAAUCUG